AGCUUGAUGAACGAGAUGGCAACAAGACGUGCAGGGAUGUAUUGAAUAGUUUGAAGCAACUUGAAGGCGGUCAUGUGAUGCUGCGUUGUCGCUUGCUCUCAAUCAAGCCGUUCGACUUGCCGCGAUUUGGAGUGGAGUUGGGGCUGACGUUUUCUUUGUCGGCCUCCGAGUACAAUCGCUUCUUCUUCGACUUGCCAGUGGACGUUUUCAGUGUCUUUACUCGAAUGAUGGGACUUGGCGUCUUGAAUUUGGAAUCUGUAUUGUCCUCAAACACCGCAAAUGGACUAGAAUUUGAUGAAGCAGUCUUGGUGGCAGCGUCCUUUCGAGGUAUUGGUGAUUUGGAAGGAUAAGAUGAAAUUCCCUCUUCGACGUCCAUCACAUUGACAUUGCGCAGACGUAGUCCAUGGCCAGGUGUCGGAGGGCGUUUGAUUUUGCUAGUUUGACCAGUUGCACGAGCUCGCAUUCUGUCGUAAUCGUCCAUACAGGCAUAAUGCACCACAGACUCGGCAUUCUUG